AUGUCAGACAGCGAGUGCCAAACAACCCCAUUGAUCCAGCUGCAGGUAUUCUCAGACAAUGCUGUACUGUGUGUGUUUCAACAGGAAUGCAGAGCCAGGAAAAACUUUUCGUCUCUCUACGCCAUCGUGUCUGCCCUGCAGAGUAACCCAGUACACAGACUAAGGAAGACGUGGCUAGAAACUGACAGGGAAGCAGUGAGGAGAUACGAGGAGCUGUCCAACAUUUUCUCUGAGAAGGACAACUACUCCCAGAGCAGGGAGCUGCUGAAAGAGGAGGGCACUUCGAAGUUCGCCAACCUGGACGGAAAGAUGACCAACAGGAGACAGAUAGGGUCCACUGCCCAGGGCACAGUACCCUACCUGGGGAUCUUCCUCACAGACCUCACCAUGCUGGACACGGCCGUCAAAGACAGACUAGAGAACGGCUACAUCAACUUUGACAAGAGGAGACGAGAGUUUGAGGUUUUAGCUCAGAUCCGACUACUGCAGUCUUCCUGUAAAAACKGUGUUUUCCUCACUGACGAGGCAUUCCUACAGUGGUACCAAAGUGUACCCUCGUUAAAUGAAGAAGAAAGUUACAGACUGUCCAAUGAAAUCGAGGUGCCGUGCGAACCGAGCUCUGGUCGKACCCUGAACCCUACAGUCAUCAUCACACGGUGCCCAAACCUGAAUUCCUCCAGGACCAGCCUUGUUGCUGACAGUGACGGUCUUUUUGACUUCCCCUCCCCCGUCUGUCACUUUCUUUCCAAAUUCACCAAGCAUAUGAAAUCCCCCUCAGUUUCCUGUCUGGAUGUUGACUCCUCCCCUCCCACCAAUGACCCCAUCCCGUCUGCAUUGACACCAUCCACUCCCAUCAAAUCACAUCGUCGAUCAGUCUCCUGUGGCAACAAUCCCACCAAUAACAACAAAGGGUCUGGGCCUGAUAUGCGGAUCGUCAGGAUACGGAUGGAUUUACAAGAUGGGAAUAUGUACAGAAGCAUACUGGUGACAAGCAAUGACAAGACGCCCACUGUGAUCAGUUCUGCCUUAGAAAAACACAGUCAGGACCCCAAACAAGCAUCCAGAUAUGAGCUGAUCCAACUAUUGCCAGAGGGAAAAGAGUUGGUCAUCCCUGCCACAGGAAACGUCUUCUAUGCCAUGACUUCCUCUAGUGUGGACUUCCUGCUGCGCAGACAAGGAGGCAACACCCCUUUUCGCUCUCAACCAAUCAGCACAGAAACUAGUGCCACCUUCCCKCGAAUCAAAGCCAAGGGGCGGAGACAGCUCUUUCCCAAAUAGGCUAUAUCUGAGACAUAAUGUAGCUAGUGCUUCUCAAGGACAGGUCGAUAGCUUGGGCUUUGUGCAUACAUAUUGAAUGAUGAUAAGAAUGCAGGCAGAUAUCUCAGUGAGAUGUGGCCUUGUCUUUCCUAAUCUUUUUCCGAAGUGKAAACACAUUCUGACCGAGCUUGUUCUAGCUAAAUGUAUCCUGAAACCUGUCUGAACUUGUUUGAUGAACGUAUUCUUACCUGGGACAUUUCAAUAAAUAUGCUGCCCGUUUGUGUACACCAGGGAAGUCCAUUAGUGUAGAAGGGUGCAUGUCUCUCUCGUUGGCAAURCAUACUACUGCAAAUAUACACCYAGAACAAGACCAAUGCAAAUCUUUAACAGAUGGUGAAUGGUGCUGUUCCUUAAGUCUCUCUGACCAUUGGCAUCUUAUUUCCUAUUUAACCAAAUGGAAUAGCCUUGUAACCAAGAGCAACUGAGGAAUCCAAAUMAUCUUGAGUAUUUGAGGAAUGUGCCUCAGGUGCCAUCCUAGAAAUGAGUUGAUAGUAGAGAACUUCAUUAAAUCAAAGUAGUUUGGACAAUAUGACCUCUUUGAAUUGACCAUGACCACAACAAAGUUUUACAUUUCUCCAUAGAGAGUAGAUACAAGCAGGAAUAUGAAUGAUGGGGAGAGCACUGGGCUGACAUUAUGACGUAAUGCAUCUGAAUAAGUCACAGACAGAGUCACUGAAUCCUCUCAUUAUAGCAAAGCACGGGGGCUCAUCAAAAUGKUUUAACUAUGUACUUUGUAUGUAUGUAUAUGUUUUUUAUGUAUGGACGAUGUCAUGAUUGUGUUUACAUUCCCAAGGAGCUAUCAACAAGUGUCAGAAUGACAUGUUAUUCAUUGUGAAGUAACAUGAAAUGUAUGAAAUUGCCUCAAAUUGCAACCAUUUCAAAUGGGUCAAGACGUGUCAAAGAUAUACAUGAUAAUUUYGCUUGGGCUUUGUGCAUACAUAUUGAAUGAUAGUUCUGGUAGUAUCUUAUGUAAAAUACARUAACUUUACAUAUACAGCCUUGCCACUCCCAUAUAGAAUAUAGUCAUAUUUUGAGUACUAACCAUUAGGCAUAACAGCRCCAACCCACAAACUCUAACCUAAACAAUUCAUGUGAAGACACUAAUGAAAGUCCAGACUAUGUUGUGCGUAUUGAAAAGAUGUCUACCAUUGCACCUUAAUGCUAUACUUUUUAAUACAGCAUAAGCUAAUCUUUA